CUCGGCGGAAAAUCGUAUUAGCGGUUACAAGGCGCUAAUUAUAAUAGCAAAGCUAUUUAGUCUUUUUUCCAAUUGGUAAUCUCUGCAUGGAAUAGGAUAAAAUAUCAUCAUUCUGGUUUCAAAGGCUUUGAACUGGAGAAUUGAUUAUUCAUCUCUACGCUUAGCUUCUUCAAGAAUAAUGCCAAGCUUUGUGGUUGAGCCUCUUGAUGCCAUCGGUUAGAAUGGUGCUCAUAUUCUUAUUAAGUAUGCUCCUUUUUUAUGACACUCCUCGUUUUUUGUUCUAAAAAUUUCCAAAACACCGAAAGGCAUGCUUUGAAGAGUAGUUGUCUUUCUAAGAAAAUGAUAGAUCAAUUAACUUUAGAUAUCAGUUGAUAAAAAAAUUGCUGGAUAUACAUUUUUAAUGUUUGAUUUUUCGACGGAAAGUUGAAAGUCGCCUCUUUCGAUGAAAUGCAAACAGAUGAAAUCAUAAAUUUUUAAGUGUUUUUUUUUUACAUAAAUAGUUUCAUACAUGAAUACUUUACCUCUGCCAAUUGUGCUUUUAUUUUAUUAAUGCAUUAUUUUAUAUUUCUCCUUAUUGGAAAAUAUACACCUGAACACAAUGACCCGACUGUGAAAGGUGGCUGCUACUAUCUUCCGGAGUCAGUUUUCUAAUUUGUGGUUUGCGACUUGAUAGUUUUUAAAGAAAUGGAGCGUCCUAUAGAGUCUUAGAUCUCCUCCGAAUGGCUAGAGAAGCCUACGAGGAGCUUUUUAUUUCAUACCAUAAAUUCAUACCAGAAAUUCAUGCGCUUGGCAAUCACUGCCGAGAAGCCCGAUCCUGUAGGUGACUAAAAACCGAAAGUUUCCGCUACAGUCGAGAAACUAUAAAUUUUUUAUUGAUUUUCCAAAGUAUAGAAUUUUGAUCUUGCCGGAGGAUUCUAACCCCUGAUUUCCAUUAUUUUAGUUAGAUUAAAAAUACUGAGAGUGUAUCGAUCUCAGCCGAGCCUUCAUUAGGAUGCCAAAUCGAAAUACAAUCCAAUUUGAGGUCUGAUAUAUGAAUGUAGGACGUUAAAAAUUUGGCGAAGUUUAAAAGCGCCCUCAUAUCUAGUUUUGCAACUCGCUUUUCAUUUGCUGUCAUUUUAAAGACUAUAUGUUUUGGACAAAGAACUUUUUCUAUUGCACUGCAAAGUUCCCUUACAUAUUUCGACACCGUUUGUUGUGCAAAUCCCAAUUGAAAAUAUUGCCCACCUAAUUUCAAAGCAGCCGGCAGUCUUAGAAUUUGGGGUAUUGUGACACAACGAUGAGUUGCUUUUAAUUUCAGCUCAAUACUAUUUAAAGCAUAUAAAAAUGCAUUUUUAUAGAGUCGAAAGUUCGAAGAUAGGCAAAAGCGAUAUUCGAAUCAGCUGUCAUCACACUUUUGCAGUAAAUAAAAUUUAAUUUUUUUACUGGUUUUAACACAUUUGUGAUGAUUAACUAAAGAUAAAAUGACUUCGGCAGUGAUAGCAUUUUUGAUGAUAGAAGAAUUUGGAGAAACCAUGCAGAAAAUAAAUCGCAGAACCGAUGUAAGUUCAAUUGGCAUUCUACUUUUACAUUUGAUGAUACAAAAUUUGUUUGUAUGUAGACUCGUAGAUCAAUAUCGUCUUAACAAAGAAGACUUUGUAAUAGCGCUGAAUGUCAUUGAAGACAAGUUAGAUAGGCUGUAUAUCCCCCCUGUGCUCCAACUUGCAGCGGUUUUUGACAGAAGGCUUCUAUAAACGGCUUAUGGGUCUCAAAUAUAAUAUCGCCUUAGCGCGACCUACAGUCUCGGUGGUUAUAACAGAAAUGCUAAAGGAUUUUGAACGUUUGAAAAACGUACAAUAGAAAACGGAAAACGGAGAGCUUGUAAGCAUUUUUACAACAAGUACGGUAUACCAGGCAUUGCUGGUUGUAAAAUCCAUUGUUCAUGACUUACAUUUUCAUUAAAUUCCGAUUGCAAAGAAGUUUGCACAAAAUUCUGUCAACGAAUAACUGCUCGGUUUGCUUCUGACGUUUAAACCGAUAAAUCGUUUUCAGUAACACCUCAAAUCGACACAAAUGAUAUUUCGAAAAUGAAACCGAAAUGCAAUUUAAUAUUAGGAAUGUGCAACCGCUUCAACUGAUUUUAUUUCUGAUUCCGACAACAAUCUGUUUCCGUAACACCCCUGUGUUUAUAUAUUUUGACACUACCCGCGUCAUUUAUGUAAAGCUGGAGUACAGUGCUGCCGCAUUUUAAAAUUACGCUGCGAAAGCGAAUGCGCAAGUGUGACAUUAUCGGCUCGGAUCGCAUCUUGCUUUCGAAUCGCAUUGUGUUUCGGAUCGCAACACGUUGUAGGGCCCUAGUUUGAGUACUUGCGCAUUGAACAACCCCGUGGAAGGUUUAAAAUAAAAAAGGUUUGAAUUUAUUGCAUGACAUCCAACUAUUCGAAAAUCUAUUUAUGUGUAAAAGUGUCACUUAAGUGAUCCUUUUUACGCUGAAGUGCUUUUAAAUGCCCAAAUUUAUUUCUUCUUACACUUAUACAGAGCACAAACUCAUUUGGUACUUGGCUGAGUUAUGAAUUAUUUGCAUUUUUAUUAUUUCAUCACACCCUAUUCGCCAAUAAGAGGCGCCAAAUACGACACAUGAGAAGUGUGUAUUUAUUUUCAUUUUCAUUGCCUUCACCUCUAACCUUUUGCAACACAGCCGCACACAGAAUGUUGUUACAUACAUACAUAUGCAUGCUCGUAUACGAGUUGAAAAGAUCGUAAAAUAGGAUAAUAGGAAAAAAAUUAGUAGCCAAUCUUAUAACGUGUCAGUGGUAAAACCGCGAUAAUCGGCACGCACAUAAGCCAAGUAACAAUGAAUAGGAGUCGGGAGUGGCGUAAGGCUCAGCGUGUAAUUGCAAUAUUUAUGCCCAUUUCACUACUGACACCAUUUAUAUGCAUAUUAAACUGUCGAACAUCGAACUGUAGAAAGUAGUCUUGUUACAUACACAAAUACAAACAUACAUUAGAUGGCGUGGAGGCGUGAAGAUGGCAGGCGCAAAAUGUUAAGUGCCGCAUUUCCGCUGUCAUGCCAGAUUGUUGCACGCGCUGCCCGAGGAACAGCAGCAGGAGCUGCAUAAGAAAACUGUCUUAAGCAGCGCACAAAGGUGAACACACACACACACUUACUUUAUAUGUUUAUAUGUAUGUAUGUUUAUGUAACAUAUGAAAAGUAUUCGCGGUUAGAAAAAUCAUAAUUGAAAAAAAAAAAAAAAAAAAAAUUCUUGAGGUUGGGUUAUUGUUUUCCUUGGUCGCUUACUCAAGUGGCUGCUAGAGCCAUGGAAGUUAGAUAGCAUUUUGCUACGUUAGUUAACGGUUGUUUUCUAGAAAAGAGAAAUACUUAAAUAAAAUAAUUAAAAAAUGAUGUUCGGCAUGGCAUGCGAUCCUCUGAAGCAUACAAGCAUGUAUGAGCGUAUGAACGAGGACAGCGAGGAUAGCGAUGGCGAAGGUGGUCUCGGCAAUGUGUCACGCGUCAUCAUACGUCCACCCGGCCAGAGUGGCAAGGCCAAACGUGGUCACCUUUGUUUCGAUGCCGCCUUCGAGACGGGCAAUCUGGGUAAAGCCGAUCUAAUUGGUGAUUUUGAGUAUGAUUUAUUUCUACGUCCGGAUACAUGUAAUCCACGCUUUCGAUUUUGGUUCAAUUUCACCGUGGACAAUGUGAAGCAGGAUCAGCGUGUCCUUUUCAACAUUGUGAAUAUAAGUAAGCCACGUAAUUUAUUUAAUGCUUCGCUUGUACCGCUGGUGAAGUCUUCGAGUCGUCCGAAAUGGCAACGUUUGCCGAAGAAGAAUGUUUUCUAUUAUCGUUCGUUGUUGCAUCAAAAUCAUUAUGUGCUUAGUUUUGCCUUCUCCUUUGACAAGGAAGAUGAUGUAUACCAAUUUGCUGUAGCACCGCCGUACAGUUAUUCGCGAUUGCAAUCGUAUUUGAAUGUGAUCGACGCGCGGCAGACGGAUCAGCGUUUUGUGCGUAGUGUGUUGGCGAAAAGUGUGCAAAAUCGCAAUCUUGAUCUGCUCACAAUCGAUCAUGUGACCGCCAAAACGAAAGCGUCUCGCCUCGAUCGGGGCUUCAUACGUGUCAUUGUGAUCCUGUGUCGUGUGCAUCCCGGCGAUACGCCAGCCUCCUUCAUGUGCCAAGGCUUUAUAGAGUUUUUAAUUGGCAAUCAUCCGAUUGCAGCGUUGUUACGCGAUAAUUUCGUCUUUAAAAUAGUGCCAAUGGUGAAUCCAGAUGGCGUAUUUUUGGGUAAUAAUCGUUGUAAUUUAAUUGGACAGGACUUGAAUCGUACGUGGCAAGUGGCCACGGAGUAUUCACAUCCAACGCUAUAUGCGAUAAGGAAUAUGCUUAAGGAGCUGGAUAAUUCUGAUAUUUAUCAGAUUGACUUCGUGAUCGACUUGCAUGCGAAUCAGAGCCUCCACGGCUGUUUCAUUUAUGGCAACACAUACGAGGAUGUUUAUCGUCACGAGCGGCAUUUAGUCUUUCCACGCCUCUUCGCCGCCAAUGCGUACGACUAUGUCGCUGAGAAUACUAUGUUUAAUGCGGAUGAGAAGAAGGUGGGUUGUGCACGACGCUACUUUUGUGAACGUCUCAGCGACACGGUAAACGCGUACACAGUCGAGGUAUCCAUGGGCGGGCAUUACUUGAAGGAUGGCAAAACUGUAGCGCUCUACACGGAGGAUGGCUAUUACCGCUGUGGCCGCAAUUUGGCGCGUACUUUUCUCCACUAUUACCGCUUCAUUAAUGUGCUGCCGACACCCGUGGUAUCCGAGGCGCGCUUGCGGCGCCGCAAUCGACCACGUACUCACCACUCACGUUCACGUUCGCGUACACGCUACGAAGUCAAGCCACGUCCGAAGACAACGCGCUGUUAUGCGCCAAUUGCAUACACGAAUCUCUCAAUAAACUACGACUCUGGCGGCUCCUCCGACGAGGGUGGUUUUUCGCCCACACGUCCGAUAGCGCCGGGUAGCAGUCUCUUCAGUGGUUAUCGUAAUUAUCGACGUACGCAUGGCAGCUCUGCCGUUACACACGAUCAAUACGCAUUGCUCGCGCUCAAAUCAUCGAAAUACGAUCACUUGGGCGAUUUUGGUGGUGGCGGCGGCGGCGGUAGUAGAGCGCAUGCGUAUCUGCAUGGUCGCGCUGCAACGGCGGAGAAGUCUAGCAAAAGUGUCACAUUUGAACAGCCAUUAAAUGUGCCACCAAAACCAUAUUUAUCGAUUAUCGAUCUCAAUCAGCUGACGCGUGGUUGUUUGAAUCGCAAAACAGGCAGCUUUGAUGCCGAUCAUCAUCAUCACCAUUAACGAAAACAGCGCAGAGCACACGACCAGUGCGCAAGUAGAUAGAAUAAAUAAUUUUUUUCUCUUUCUCUCUUUUUCUCGCUCUCUUAAAAUAAAUAAAUUUUCAUAUAAAAGUUUUCUUAAAAUGAUAUAUCCCUUAAGCUUCGCGAUACCUUUAAGAAAACAAUGAACUUGAACGCUUUCGAUUACUUAUUAAACUUUUUGAAUGCAAAUAAUAUUUUCGAAUUAAAAUUAUAAACAAAGCAAAAAAUGC